UCCAUCGCAUCUCCAUCUCGAAACAUGUUCCGCACUCUUCCUCUCCUCCGCACCGCCCGCACCGCCCUCAGGCAAACGGCCCCCGUCGCGCUCCGACCACAGCCCCUCGCCCUCUCCCUCAGGCCCCUCGCUGCCAGGGGUUACGCCGCUGCCGCCGGUCUCAGCAAGGACGACAUUACUGUUAGGAUCCUCGAUGUCUUGAAGAGCUUUGAGAAGGUUGACAGCAGCAAGCUCACAAACAACGCUUCAUUCACCAGCGAUCUCGGCCUUGACUCUCUUGACGCUGUCGAGGUUGUCAUGGCCAUUGAAGAGGAAUUCGCUAUUGAGAUUCCUGAUGCCGAGGCCGAUGAGAUCACAACUGUCCAGGAUGCUAUCAACUAUGUUGCCAACACCUCUGAAGCGCAUUAAUUAUUCUAAUGAGGGUGUUUUGAGUAUGCAGUCUUCAUUCAUAAUCUACACUUUUUGUCAAAACGGCGGCUUUCUUCACUUUUCUGAAUGCUGAUCUGAGAACGGGCGGGGGAGUGUUCUGAAACUUGCAGAAUCGUAUGGUUGUGGUAAGACAAGUGUCAUGUCGUAUUAAAUCCCACAUUUUUUUGUGCUCAACAUGUAACAACUGAUCAAAAAACGUCCCCGUCGUCAGUACCACCCCAGCUGUGAACGUCGGGUUGCAUAAUUCGGCCAACUAUAGUUGGCACCAGUGUCGUCCGGGAAAAGUGCCAAUCAUAGGAUGCGUUGACGAAACAUGAAUGC